UUUUGGACAGGAUUCCUCUGCUCCUCUCUCACCGCCCAAUCCGAGUCAGCCCCCGGACCUUCACUCUGCUGGAGCCCUCGGUGCUGCUCAGUACUUCGCCUCAGCCCUGUGCGUCUGCUCCCAGCUCUCUCCCUCUGUCUGUCUGUGCAGGAGACUCUGUCCCAAAGCUGCAACCAUGGAGGCCAUCAAGAAGAAGAUGCAGAUGCUCAAGCUGGACAAGGAGAAUGCCAUCGACCGUGCUGAACAAGCUGAAGUGGACAAGAAAGGAGCAGAGGACAAAUGCAAACAGCUGGAAGAGGAGCUGCAGGGCCUGCAGAAGAAGCUGAAGGGUGUGGAGGACGAGUUAGAUAAAUACUCCGAGUCACUUAAGGAUGCGCAAGAGAAGCUGGAACAGGCUGAGAAAAAAGCCACAGACGCAGAGGCUGAAGUGGCCUCCCUGAACAGACGUAUCCAGCUGGUUGAGGAGGAGUUGGACAGGGCCCAGGAGAGACUGGCCACAGCGCUGCAGAAACUCGAGGAGGCCGAGAAAGCUGCAGAUGAGAGCGAGAGAGGAAUGAAGGUCAUUGAGAACAGAGCAACAAAAGAUGAGGAGAAGAUGGAGCUUCAGGAGAUGCAGCUGAAGGAGGCCAAACACAUUGCAGAGGAGGCUGACCGCAAAUAUGAAGAGGUGGCCCGGAAGCUGGUCAUCCUUGAGGGUGACCUUGAGCGUUCUGAGGAGCGCGCUGAAGUGGCUGAGGCCAAAUCCGGUGACCUUGAAGAAGAGUUGAAAAAUGUCACCAACAACUUGAAGUCUUUGGAGGCCCAGGCAGAGAAGUACUCAACAAAAGAAGACAAAUAUGAAGAGGAAAUCAAAGUUCUUACUGAAAAACUGAAAGAGGCUGAGACUCGUGCUGAGUUUGCAGAGAGAUCUGUGGCUAAACUUGAGAAGACCAUCGAUGAUUUGGAAGAGAAACUAGCCCAGGCUAAAGAGGAGAACCUAGGCAUGCAGCAAGUGCUGGACCAGACUCUAAUGGAGCUGAACAAUUUAUAAAGUGCGAAAUCUGCGCCACAAACAAGAGUCUUACAUGGCAUAGAGCUUUCCAGUGGAGUCCAUGCAGCAAACGUUUGCAAACACAUCCCUCAGAGGGGUAAGGUCUGAGUAGCUUUAGUUUAAUAGCUCCAGAUUCCCUGAAAUUACACUCUAGACCCUAGGCCCAUAUGAUCAAGUUUUAUUCGUAGUUCUAGAACCAAUAGUAUACCCAUCGAGACCAGGGACACGACAAUGUUUUGGCUUUUGAAGUAGUCCUGACACAAGACCAAAAUUACUUCUUGAUCUAAUUACUAAUAGGUGUUCGUUCUAACCUAGGAGCUGUUUGCUUAUUCAAUAACAGUGAUGCUUUAACUACUCCACUGCCUCAUCCCCUGUGCUUUAGUCAUUCCAUUGUUUUACUUGACCAAAUAUAUCAAAACAACAGGGGGACUCAUCGUUUUUUAAUUAUGGAUUUUGUUUUUUGUUUAUGUAAUAUGGACUGAUUACUUGUGUGUAAACAAAGCACAGAAUAAUCUUAAAUGUUUACCGAUUACUACCAUCAAAUAGACCACCUGCAUGGCUGUUACUGCUUCUAUUCAUGAACAGUCCAUGACGGGUCAUUAAUUCAUGUGCAGUUCACACACUCUCUACUGUACUAAAGAUCAGCUAGGGAACUGGUUUUAGUACUUUUUUGUCAAAUUUGUUCUUAAUAUAUGGGUCAGGACCAGACGGCUCUCAGAGUAAACACAAGUGCAUGUUUACAGAUUUGAAAUCAGUCUAUUUUUUUUUCCAUCGAAAAUGUCUGUCAUAGCCAAAGUAGCCAUGCUAAUUAAACACACUCACAAUUUUUUAUUUCUGAUUUGGACAGUAUAUAAUGUCUAGGGUACUUCCUGUUUCAUGGUGUUUCCCCUCAAAUUCUUCCCGUGAUGUAUUAAAUCUGACGCAUAUGCCAUUGAGUUACUUUUUUUUUUUUUUUUUUUUUUUAUAAACAGGAUUUUUUUAAGGUUGUGGCCUUUUAGAAUAAUUGACAGGAAUGUGACGUUAUAUUGAUCAGCAACAGCCCACCAAGUAUCAUCUAACUAUGCAAUUGUGUAAGCUCUUUGUUAAAGAUUAUUAAAAUGUUGAAUACAA